AUGUCUUUCUUUUCGUCUAUUCCGACCAUAUUUUCUACUGUAUUAAAACAUUAUACUGAAGGCCCUCCUAAAAAAUCAUGGGAUUUAAAGUUUCAUUUGAUAAUGGCAAUGAUUAAAAACAAUAUUCGUUUACAAAAAAGGUCUAUUGAACAAACUCAAAAGGAAUUUGCCGAUCAGUUUAAGAUUACACUUCCUCCUAAUAUAACUAUAAAAGAUGUUAUAUUAGAUGAGGAAUAUAGACAAAAGAGUAAAACGUAUUUAGAAAAGAUUUUGAAACAAUAUGAUGACGUGUUAGACGAGAAAUGGAAAGAACCAAAUGAUAAAGGAUUGCAUGGGGAAUGGAUGUAUAUUAAUGAAAAAAUUAGUGAAACUGAUCAUGUGGUUUUAUAUUUGCAUGGUGGAGCAUUUUGUGUUGGCUCAGCUGAACAGGUUAGAACAAUCACACAUAAAUUUGUUGAAUAUGCUGAUUCUCGAAUUUUUGCAAUUGAUUAUCGUCUUUCGCCACAAAGUCAAUUUCCUGCCGCCCUUUGUGAUUCCAUCGCUGCGUAUCUAUAUCUUAUAAAUCCCGGACCAAAUGCUGGAUUUGAACCGAUCAAUCCUAAAAGAAUUAUAUUUGCUGGCGAGAGUGCAGGUGGUAAUUUGGUAUUUACUACGCUCUUAGCUUUAAGAGAUGCAGAAUUACCUUUACCAGCGGGCGCAAUUGCAUUG